AUGCGCCAUGUCGGGACAAACGGCGUCAAUCCCUACGGCGUUCUCUCUCGCCGGCCGCUCGGGUGGGAUGGCGGCGGUGAGCUUGCCUUUUCUUACACUGCACAUGCAGCCAGGUCUUUGUCGGCGCAGGGCUGGCUGGCUGGCUGGCUCAGGGUGUCCGUCGCGUUGUUGGCCGCCAACCCACGCCGAGAGAAUGACACGGAACUUGCCCUGGCUUCUGGAUCCAGGGAGAGUGUGGGCUGCCUCGGGCCACGGGAGAACAAUCUGUCUCUUCGCUCUUCCCCAUCCUCGCGGGCCGAUGUCGCCCGUGCCUUCGCGAUGCGGCGCCAACUCCGUCAGUAA